CUAAUGAUGUUUUUGGAAAAAAAAAGUAAUAUUCAAAAGGAGUUGGUGUUGGUGAUAAUGAUGAUGAUAAAAUAACAGUAGUAGGACAUGUAGUAUUAAUUUUAAAGACCAUAGAUUUCCCAAGACAGCUUCAUUAGAUGGUACACCUGGUCAGAAGUUUGUUAAUAAAGUAUGAACAAAUUCGGGUACAAAAAUAUUGAUAAAUUCCUGAUUUGUGCAUGAAACUCAUACAUACUGUUUACACACAGUGCAUAUACUUAUGCACUGUGUGUCUCUUAGUGAAUAAGAGCCAUUUUCUCCAUUCUGUUGGAAUACAUCAGCUAGAACUAUUUAAAUGAAUGUGUACACAGCCCAGUUGCUUCCCUGAAAUAAGUGACUGUCUACUUUGUCCUACAUUCAAGCAAUCUUGACGAUCAAAAAGACAGGCCUUUUGAAAAAGCACAAAAUGUGCAUGUGAGGCUGACCUAGAACCAGCAGCACUAUUUUUAGGUGGUUAUAAUAAGCUCUGGAUUCUCGAUCUAGAGCUCUGCAAUACAGUACGAGACCAUAUGAUGCACCAACAUACAGUAAUUUUGUUUAUUGGCUUAAUUUUUUUAAUAUAUUUUUAAAAUAUACUUAUUCACUGUCUUUUCAUUAGUCUAUUAAAAGUUUACUACUACUGGAGAUGGUUUGUUUUGUUUAGCUUAGCAUAAAACAUGGAAUGGGGAAGCAGCUCCCCCAGGGUUUUUUUUUUUCUUUUUCUUUUGUUUAAAGAGAGAGGUAAAAAUAUCAGUCAUCACCACUAAAUCUCUCAAAUGAAGACAUUAUAUCUAUGCCUUUAUGUAAUGAUGCUUUAGAAAGGAUAAGUUGUGUUUUUAAAGAGCGUUAUUUCUUGGCAAGGAGCAUUGACUUUGUCAAAUCUUGUCAUCAUUGUCAAGUUGCCAAGCAACCACUGACAAUCUUUGUGACUGCUGUGAGAAUACAAGAAUAAUAAGCCUGUUACUGAACAAAAACUGGCUAGGAUUGGUAUCGGCUAAACACCUGCUCUCUCACAGUUUGCUGCCUGUUGUUUUUUUUUCUUUGUCAUUAUUGUGUCGUGUCUGAUUACUGUAUUGUCAGAGGGUUUGCUCGAAGGCUACGUAUGUCCUUCACCUUUUACAAACAGUUCUAUGCAGCUGUCAUUAAAACAAAUAUAAUCUACAGCAAUUCAAAUGAACUUGGAUUAAAUGAAUACCAUGUCAAAGUGUUUCAUAUUUGGUAUUCAAAUAGUCAGUGGAAGAUCCCUAUCAACAAACAGCACUAACCCCUGCACCAAACUUAAAUUGCCUUCAUCUAUGCACCACUGAGCAUGUUAACCCUUUAAGCAUUGGGUAAAAGCCAAAAAAACACGACCCUUUUUCCCCCCCUCACAGUAAUUUCUUCGUUAUAGACACUGAGUUUCUGUGUGCUUGAAUAAUAUGACUGACCUGACUCAUAGUCCUCUUCCUGCUGUAUAUGAGUGCGUGCCUCUGAGUGAUAUAAUGAUACUUGCAAGAAAUUUUAAAAGGAAUUAGCCACCAGAUUUCUUAAGUGAAAUAUGUCAAGAUUUAUGCAACUCCUUUAAAAUAAUUUAAACCUGAAUUAUGCACUGAGUUUUUGCUUCUCCUACAUUUUUACAUAGUCUGCUUUAAAAAUUAUGUCCAGCCCUGUUUACUUAACAGACUUAAAAUCUGGGUCAUCUCUUCUAAUUUUGACAGUAAAGAAUGAUGUCCCAUAAUUUAUUUCUACUUUAAGCUUGCAAAGACAUAGAUACUGAUGAAAAAUCUCAAGCAAUUACUGAAUUUCUUUUUCAGGAUAAACAAUAUGGAGAAUUGAAUUUAUAAACAUCAACCCUCUCAAUGAAUAUGAAACACAAUAUAACAAUUCUUGCUAUGUUAUAUGUCUGUCAUAGUUAAAAUAAUCUGUAUAGUUCUAAAAAUGUGGUAGUCUGAUUCAUGCUACAGCUUAAUAAUAUGAUUCAAACAGCUUUGAUAGUAUGGAGGCAUAACUGGGUCAGAAUCAGUAGUGUCUAUGACAUAUAUAGAGUCCUUAAUCUUUAGUCUGCAGCAACUGUGUGUAGACAAACAGUCGACACUUUGCUGUGUCCCAGUAACAGACUCUGGGGAUUAGCAGUCUGCUCUAGAUAGAUGAGCCAGGCUGUGUUUUUUACUGGAUCUUGCUAAGUGCUAAUGCAAACUUCUGAGCUCACCAUGAGAUAAAGUGCUAUGUAACUAUUUAUAGCGUUUUGGACAUUAAACAUAAUUUAAUUAAUUACUUCUAAAGGCAAAAAAAAAGAAAAAAAGAUUUUAGUUUUAAUGAUUGUGAAUGAACUAAAUGAAAAGCCAGAUGAUAGCUGGUUAUUGGAAGGUAUGUGCCAUAAUUGGCCUACCUUACCAAACCAGUUUCUACAUUUACAUAUUUUCCAUUUAACAAUACUUCCGGAUACUAGUGAGAUGCCUUACCUUUCAGCUUUGAGUUACCUGACUGGCUUUACCUGUAGUCAUACAAAAACAAACACGAGUGUUUGUUGGUUAUGUCCUUAAGCAUUUGAACAUAUUGGACAUAGUCCUGUAUUUUCAGAGGCUAGAAACUCAUUUAACAAACAAUUUUAAGUACAACUUGUUUUUAAACCUUGGAUGGAAGUCCUUUGCAGUCAAUGAAAUUAUGCUUUUUCCUGCCUUGAGAUGCUCGACUAAGCUCUUACUUCAGCAAUUCAGUAACCGAAAAUGAUUCUCUGCUGGACUGGAUUGUGAUCAUGUGACUGACUUGGGCAGACUGGCUUGAACUUUUUUUUUUUCAUUUUAGUUUUUCAUCUUGAGAAACCCUUGGGUUUCUUUUGCAGUAAACAUAGCAUAACCCUCUAUCACCAUCUUUUUCAAAACUGUGCAGACUCUAAAAGUUUUUCCUCCUCCUUUUUUUAGAAGUUUAAUCUGGUCUUCCUAUUUUUUUUUGUGUAACCGGUCGCUUGCACCUUGCUAUAAAUGUCAUUACAUUUAUCUCUUGAGUUAUUAUAGAGUUGAAAAUAGUGCAUCUCUAAAAGAACACUCCUUGAGAAUGUUCCUGACUUGGGUAGUUGAUGUGAAGUUCUUUUUCUUAAUCAAGAAAAUAAAUGUGUCUUGAAUUUUCAGCCUUUUGAUGGCCUUCCUCACUUGCAUCGAUUUCCUAGACUGAAAGUUCCGGUGAACAGGAACCAAAUGCAAGCUGAACACUUUGAAACUCUUAUGUGCUUGAUUUAAUAAUGAAAAAACAGGCUUCACGUUUCCAUGAAACUUUAAGUUAAUUGUCCAACUACUUUUAUACUGUAAAAAAUGAAAGACUGUUUAUAAAACUCUGUAACUGUUACCUCAGUAUUUAUUUAUUUUUGUUAAACUCUGAAUUAAAGUUGAAAGUCUUCUUUCACACCUGUCUUGCUUGGUCUACAGUCUACUGUGUAAAGACUCAAAAUAGCAAAAAAUUGUUUGGUUGUCUUGUGACUUAUGGACGUAACUGUAUUGAUCAGUCACAACAUUGAAAUCACCUCUUUGGGAGCAUGGUCUUUUGAGGGUGACCUGUGAUUUCUGGCAGCAUAACCUUGGGAUCCUGUGUGUUGUGGGCAUAUUCUGAUGCAUGCAGCAGUCAUUUGGUAAGAAUGCCUUGUGCUCUGCCAUGUUCCUGAGCAGUUUUUAUGGUGUGUAUUAUCUGCUUUAGAAGGCAGCUGCCACUGGGGAGUGCUGUUGCCAUAGGAGAAGAAAUGAGUACAGGUUAGGUGGUGGGGCUGAAGAUGAGUUCAGGGUGAUUUGGAUGAAGGAUAGAAGUAGAAGGCAAGGUCUACAAGAUGGUGGUGACAAUUGCUGUGACAGUGACACUAACAAAAAGACUAGAAGCAAAGCCGAAAAUGCUAAGAUUUCUGUUGGGAGUGACCAGGAUGACUCAAGUUGAGUGGUUUGGAGACAAAGUUAGAGGGGCAAUGUUGAGAUGGUUUGGACAUUCACAGAAGUUUAGUGGAUAUAUUCAAUGAACUGACGCUGAAUAUGAGCUGCCAGGCAGCAGGGAAACCACAGAGGAGAUUCAGAGAGUGUAGUGAGGAAGGACAAGCAGAGGGUUGGUGUGACUGAAGAGGAUGCUAGGGAUGGGGUAAGAUGAAGGCAGAUGAUCUUCUAUGACAGCCUAAAGAAGAUGAUUCAUUCAAUUUAGUUCCACUUGACAUUUUCCUCUGUGCUCUUGCUUUCAGUGUCUUUGUGCAGCUUCUUGUCAUCACUGAAACAGAAUGACAGCUUUAAUGACAACUCUACAUUGUUGAUGUAUAUGGUCCCAUCUGUCUUAUGUUGUGUGAAAUUAACAUUGAAAUACUAAUGUGUCCUUGGGUAUGAUGCAAACAAACUAUAAACACACUAUAAAACAAUACUGGACAGUGUAUGUCUCUCAUAUUAAAACCCUUAAAACUUUGAUAUACUCUUUGCUUUAGGUCAACAUGUUUGCAAUCAUUGGAUAGUGUUAUACCUUAGCGUUUACAUUGAACAGUACAACAUAUUGAAACUCGGUUAGUGUAUGUAAGAUAUUAGUUUAUUGUUUUAAAGCUCCCUCUUGUGGUGGAAAAUGUGAAGAACACUUUUUUGUAGUAAAUGUGAAAUACAUUUUGGGGUCACUAGAUAAAAUGUUCCACAAAAGUGUACUUUUAUAUUAUUUAUUUCAUAUUUGUUAUUUAUGUAUUCCUUCUGGAGGUUUGUACAGAAUUAGCUGUAUAUAGAUUUAGAUGUAGGUAGUAGGCAUUUGUUGGAUUGCUUAAUGUGUUUGUGCUAUCUCUUAUAGUUUUGGAUUUCCUUAAAAUAGGUGGGUUAUGUGUGUGUAUGUGAGGGGGAUUAUAAAAGAUAACAGUUGGUAAAGCGCCUGAAGAGGGAUACUGUUUUUCUGACUCCCAGCAGGACAAGAGGCUGACAGGGAGAAGUGGCAGUGGCAAUUGAUGUGAUGAACACAUACUAUUUAUAACCACUGUUCAGCAGCUGCCACUCUCUUCGGUCUCCUCUUACAUUACCCCCUCCACUCCUCAGGCCACAGCUUAACUGUGCUGUGCUCACUGUGACCCCGCCCUCGAGGUUGCCCACCCUCUUUCUCAGGGCUAGUGAGUGUGCUCUUACAAGACCCAGGUUUUACUCUGCCUUGGCCCUGGCUGCACUGCUUCAGUGACAGAGUGAAGAUUGGAAGGUUAACCAGACCCAGAGAAAAGGUUAAGGUUGAGAACAAGCCAGAUGUAAGUGUUUUUCAGCUGCAUGUGUUUGAGUGAUGGUGAUACAAACCAUUUUUGUGUAGUAAAAGAAGAGUGGCUACUAUUGUCCUGUAAGAGAUACAGUUCUUAGUAAAAUAAUCAGGCGUAGUGGAUGGGCACCUACUCUAUCAUAAUUGAACCAUGGGCAGCAGCUCUUUAUUUAACCAAUAUCCAGUGCAAUAGCACCAGUAACCAAUAUCCAGUGCAAUAGCAUCAGUAAAGUAUUAAUUGAAUAUGAUUUCUGAAAGGUAAAAAAUAAUCAGCUUCAUUUGGUUCCAUAUUUUUGGGCCCAUCCAAGUUCUUCUUUUCAGUGACUUGGUGCACCCUCAGGUGUUACCGGCCCCACAGAACCACUGCGGAUGAAUCCAGUUUGAUUAUAUACAGUCCCACCUGUCUUAUAUUGUGUAAAACUAACAUUAGAAUACUAAUUUGUAACCUUGCCCAUGAGUCUCUGGACACGUUUCUUUUCCCUUUAUCCAGCUGUAGACUCAAUUCAAGAAAAAAUAAAAAAAAUAAAAACCUGGCUUGCCCAUACACUGUAAUUAUGAGAUUUAAUGAAAAUGAGUAAUUGAGUUGGCUUGAUUGAUUCUAACCUUAGUGAGCAGUUUAAAUAAUCCUUUUCAAAAUAAUUCUCUGUGAAAUUUUAAAUCCAGUCUGAUGUAGAUAAGGGUCAACCUCAGGGAAUUCCUGAAAUUGGUCUGGACACAGGAAGUGGUCCACAGUCAAGCGCAUCACCAGCUGAAGAAGCCAAUAACAACACUGGUAUGGGAGGUCCAGACACACCUGGGGAGGAGAAGAGUUCUAGUGGUAAAAAGGUGGUGAAAGUUGUCAGAAGAGUUGUUAGACGAGUGGUUCCUGCUGGAACAGAAGAGCGCAACCAGCACGCAGUUUCUGCAUCUGCUACAGACGCUGCAAUCAGGAAAACAGGAGCUGCUGGGGUGGAAAAGGAUGAUAUAUCAGUGGGCCUAACAAGCCUGAUGGGAAGAGGCAGAACCAAGGAACAUCGGCCUCGCACCCGCACCCAGGACCGCAAGGAAGACACUGUGACGCAGGAAGAGGAGAACGAAAAGGUGGAGGAGGUUGAAGAAAAGACUGCUAUGACAAAAACAGAGGAAGUUUCAUCUUUGCCUACUACUGCAGCCCUUAACACUCCACCAAUAAAGUCUAAUCCCCUCACCCCUCCACUUGGGUUCAUCCCUCCACCCAAACCUGAUCCUUUGGCCCCACCUCCUGGUUUCAUCCCAGUCCCUAAGCAGAACGUGUUGACUCCACCACCAGGUUUCAUCCCCACCAGAAAAUCAAGCCCACUGCCCACAAAACAGAAUCCCCUUAUAAGACCUCCUGGUUUCAUUCCUGUCCCCAAGGCAGAUCCCUUGGCCCCUCCUGGUGGUUUCAUCCCAAAACCUCGUCCCCUUGCUGUAACGAAACCAGAGGUGCAGGAAACAUCUUUCCCCCCUGUGGUCUCCAAUGGUAAACCUCCCCCUGUUGUCCUACCCCAGUCUGCAAAAAAUGAACAGCAUACCAAAUGCUACAAAUCUUCUCAGUCCAAACUUGUUGAGGAUCCCGUGGCCAUCCUUCAGGCAGCACACUCAGCUGCAACUAAGGUAAAGACUGAGGAGCAGCUGACAGCAGAGAAAACCUGGUAUAACACUGAGAAAGUAUGGCUUGUCCACAAGGAUGGAUUUUCCUUGGCAACUCUCCUGAAGAUGGAGACAGGCAGUCUGCCAGAGGGGAAGGUGAAAAUCCGCCUGGAGAGUGAUGGAUCUUUAUUGGAUGUGGAUGAAGACGAUGUAGAGAAGGCAAACCCUCCAGCGUUUGACCGAGUGGAGGACUUGGCCUCUCUGCAGUAUCUGAACGAGUCGAGUGUGAUGCACUCUCUGCGGCAGCGGUAUGGCAGCAACCUGGUGCACACCCACGCUGGGCCCAACAUGGUGGUCAUUAACCCCAUUAGUGCCCCUUCAAUGUAUUCGGAGAAGGUGAUGCAAAUGUUCAAGGGCUGCAGAAGAGAUGACACUGCUCCUCACAUUUAUGGAUUAGCACAGGCUGCCUACAGGAACCUGCUGACUACUCGCCAGGAUCAGUCAAUUGUAUUGCUGGGCAAGAGUGGAAGUGGCAAGACCACUAACUGUCAACAUAUCAUCCAGUAUCUGGUUACAGUUGCAGGAAGCACCAACAGAACAUUCUCCACAGAAAAAUGGCAGGCAGUCUACACUGUUUUGGAGGCUUUUGGGAAUGCUUCUACGUGCAUGAAUGGCAAUGCUAGUCGCUUCACCCACAUUGUUUCCUUGGACUUUGACCAGGCGGGCCUGGUGACCUCAGCCUCUAUCCAGACAAUGCUUUUGGAGAAGAUGAGAGUGACAAGAAGACCAGAUGGAGAGUCCACUUUUAAUGUUUUUUACUAUCUAAUGGCUGGAGUAGAUAGCUCUCUGAGAACUGAGCUGCACCUUAACCACUUUGCUGAAAGCAGUGCCUUUGGAAUCAUGCCACAGACUAAGGCAGAGGAUAAACAGCGGGCCUCUCAGCAGUUUUUCAAACUGCAAGCAGCCAUGAAGGUUCUGGGGAUCAGCGGUGAUGAGCAGAGGGCCCUCUGGCUCAUCCUUGGGGCCAUUUACCACCUUGGGGCUGCGGGAACCACCAAGGCUAGCAGGAAACAAUUUGCACGUCAUGAGUGGGCUCAGAAGGCAGCCUACCUGCUGGGCUGCACCCUGGAGGAGCUCUCCUCUUCCAUCUUCAAGCACCAGGCCAAGGGCACCCUGCCCAGAGCCAGCACUAUUCGCCAGGCUUCUGACGAAAAUGGCACGGCAGAUGCAGCAUUCAAAGCAACAGCAAUGGAGUGUUUAGAAGCCAUGGCAUCCGGGCUUUACUCUGAACUCUUCACUACCGUCAUUUCUCUAAUAAACCGGGCUCUGAAAUCCAGCCAGCACUCCCUGUGCUCUCUGAUCAUUGUGGACACACCAGGCUUUCAAAACCCAAGGCUGGCUAAGCGUGAAUGUGGUGCAACCUUUGAAGACCUGUGCCACAACUACACUCAAGAGCGUCUGCAGACCCUCUUCUACCAGCGUACUUUUGUUCAGGAGCUGGAGCGAUACAAAGAGGAAAACAUAGAACUUUCCUUAGACGACACAGAAACCAGCACGUCUCUGUCUGUGGCAGUGGUAGACCAAGCUUCGAGUCAAGCACUGGUACGGACAGUGCGAACAGAUGAGGCCCGGGGUCUGUUGUGGUUGAUGGAGGAGGAGGCACUGCAGCCUGGGGGUUCAGAGGAAACACUGUUGGGACGCCUGUUUAGCUACUAUGGACCUGCUGAGGGCGAGAGUAAAGGUCACACUUUCCUGUUGAAAAGUGAAAAAGAUCAUAAUUUCCUGCUGGGCCACAGCCAUGGGACAGACUGGGUGGAGUAUGAUGCACGAGGGUGGCUCAGCUAUGCCAAGCAGAAUCCCGCCUCUACCAAUGCUGCGUCCCUCCUACAAGACUCGCAGAAAAAGAUCAUCGGCUCAUUGCUCAUGAACCGCACAGGUGGAACCACAGUUUUGUCCGGGUCUGUUGCUGGCCUUGAAGGUGUUUCCCAGCUGUCUUUGCGCCGGGCUACUAGCAUGAGGAAAUCCUUCGUCACAGGAGUAGCUGCCAUCAAGAAGAAGUCUUUGUGCAUUCAGAUAAAACUUCAAGUGGAUGCGCUUCUUGACAUGUUGCGGAGGUCCAGGAUUCAGUUUGUUCACUGCAUAUUGCCCAAGGCGGAUGCCCUCAAGGCGCUGAGUGGAUCUCUGUUCAAAGGAGUGGAAUGUGAGGCUCAAGGGGAGAGUGGAGAUCCUAGCUUAAUGCAGCUAGAUGUAGCCUUGCUCCGUGCUCAGAUACGUGGAUCUAAGCUGCUUGAUGCUUUAAGAAUCUACAGACAAGGUUACCCUGAUCACAUGGUGUUCUCUGAGUUCCGACGGCGCUUUGAUGUGCUGGCACCGCAUCUCACCAAGAAGCACGGAAGAAAUUAUAUAGUGAAGGACGAGAAGAGAGCUGUAGAGGAGCUUCUGGAGUCCUUGGAUUUGGAGAAGAGCAGUUACCACAUGGGUCUGAGCAGGCUGUUCUUCAGAGCUGGAACCUUGGCUAAGCUGGAGGAACAGAGGGAUGAGCAGACCAAGUGCAAUCUAACCCUCUUCCAAGCUGCCUGUAGAGGUUACCUGGCUCGGCAAGCCUUCAAGAAGAGAAAGAUUCAGGAUUUAGCCAUCCGUUGUAUUCAAAAAAACAUCAAGAAGAACCGUGGAGUGAAGGACUGGCCAUGGUGGAAGCUCUUUACCACAGUGCAGCCCCUCAUUAAAGUGCAGCUCACAGAGGACCAGAUGCGGAGCAAAGAUGAGGAGAUUCAGCAGCAGAAAUUGAAGCUUGAGAGAGUGGAGAAGGAACGAAAUGAGCUGAGACUCAAUACAGAUCGAUUGGAGAGCAGGAUCGCAGACUUGCUGGCAGAGCUCGCUGAUGAGAGAAGCACAAGUGAGUCAGCAUCCCAAUUGCUGGAGGCUGAGACUUCUGAGAGACUGCGCUUGGAGAAAGAUAUGAAGGAUCUACAGGCAAAGUUUGAUGCCAUGAAGAAACAGUUAGAAUCGCAGGAGAUGGAGGUGAUGGAAGCACGACUCAUGAAAACAUCAGAGCUAAAUGGGGAGAUGGACAAUGAUGAUGAAGAUGCUGGAGGAGAGUGGCGGAUAAAAUACAAUCGAGCCGUUCGUGAAAUGGACUUUGCCAAAAAGAAACUUCAGCAGGAGUUUGAUGACAAGCUGGAGACGGAACAGCAGAGCAAAAGACAUGUAGAGAGAAAGCUGGCUGAUUUGCAGACGGAUAAUGAGGAUUUGCAGCGCUCUGUGCAGCAGCUGAAGAAAAAGUGCCAGAAACUGACUGCCGAGCUGCAGGACACCAAGCUUCAUCUGGAGGGCCUGCAAAGUCGCAACCAUGAUCUGGAGAAGAAGCAGAGGAAAUUUGACCUGGAGCAGAACCAGGCUCAGGCUGAGGUACAGAGGGAAAGGAGCCAGAGGGAGAAGCUGGCUCGAGAGAAAGACAUAAUGACUGGUGAGAUGUUUAACCUCCGCCAGCAGCUGCAGGACAAGGACACUGAAUUGUGUGGCAUGAAUGUAAAGGUGCAACAACUGGAGGCAGAGCUACAGGAUUUGUCCUCCCAAGAGUCAAAGGAUGAGGCCUCACUUGCCAAGGUCAAGAAGCAGCUUCGUGACCUCGAGGCCAAGGUGAAAGACCAGGAGGAGGAGCUGGAUGAACAGGCUGGAAACAUCCAAAUGCUGGAGCAGACUAAGCUGCGGCUUGAGAUGGAGAUGGAGAGGCAGCGGCAGACCCACUCUAAAGAGAUUGAGAGUAAAGAUGAAGACGUAGAGGAGAUCAGGAGAUCUUGCAGUAAGAAGCUGAAACAGAUGGAGGUACAGCUGGAGGAGGAGUAUGAAGACAAGCAAAAAGUGUUGCGAGAGAGACGAGAGCUGGAAUCCAAACUGCUGAAUGCUCAGGACCAGGUGAGCCAGAGGGAUGUGGAGACAGAGAAGAGGCUCAGGAAAGACCUGAAGAGAACCAAAGUCCUUCUGGCUGAUGCACAGAUUAUGCUGGACCACCUGAAGAGUAAUGCCCCCAGCAAGAGGGAGAUCACUCAGCUCAAAAAUCAACUUGAGGAGUCAGAGUUUACUUGUGCAGCAUCAGUGAAGGCUCGAAAGAGUAUGGAGCUGGAAAUAGAGGACUUGCAUAUCCAAAUGGAGGAUAUGGUCAAAGCGAAGAUGUCGUUGGAGGAGCAGCUCAGCCGUCUGCAACGAGAGAAGAAUGACCUGCAGUCACGCAUGGAGGAGGAUCAGGAGGACAUGAAUGACCUGAUGAAGAAACACAAGGCUGCGGUAGCUCAGUCUGCCAGGGACUUAAGCCAGAUCAGUGACCUGCAGGCCCAGCUGGAAGAAGCCACAAAGGAGAAGCAGGAGAUCCAGGAAAAGCUCCAUUCGCUACAGAACCAAUUAGAGUUCCAAGAACAAUCCAUGGUGGAGAAGUCACUUGUGAGCCGCCAGGAGGCUAAAAUCCGUGAGAUAGAGACCAAACUGGAAUAUGAGAAAACGCAGGUUAAGCGGUUGGAGAGUCUGGUGAGUCGUCUGAAGGAGAAUCUUGAGAAGUUGACGGAGGAGAGAAAUCAGCACAUCACUGCAGAAAACAGGGAGAAAGACCAGAAUAAACGCACGCAGAGGCAGCUAAGGGACAUGAAAGAAGAAAUGGCAGAGCUGUCCAAGAAGGAGGCUGAGGCAAGCCGCAAGAAACAUGAGCUGGAAAUGGACAUCGAGAGCUUAGAGGCAGCAAAUCAGAGCUUACAAGUGGACCUUAAGUUAGCCUUCAAGAGGAUAGGGGAUCUGCAGGCUGCCAUUGAGGAUGAGAUGGAGAGUGAUGACAACGACGACCUAAUUAACAGUUUGCAAGACAUGGUGACAAAAUAUCAGAAAAGAAAGAACAAAACUGGAGAGGAGAUGGACACAGAUUCAGAAGUGGAGGACCGUGUGGACGGAGUCAAGUCUUGGCUCUCCAAGAACAAAGGCUCCUCCAAGACCAUGUCACAAGAGGGAAGUCUGAAGAGCACCAGAUAUUCAGCAAAUGCAGAUGCCAAAGAGAUGAAAGAAGGUAAGGAGAAGAUUAAUGACAAAGAUGGGAAAGAGGUAGAGCCGAGCAGAUCGGUGUCUGUCCUGAGCUCUCUGAGCUACCGGAAACGCUCCAAUCUGAAGGACUCCAUAGGAGGUACAGGCGAUGACAGCUCCCUGUUCAACACUCUCAAAGAACAGCCUGACACACUAGACCAUGCCUCCAUUCGAAAAUCUAAAUCAAAGUCUGGAGACCUUCAGGAAGAUUGGAAGAAGAGUCGGUCACAGGAAGACUUAGAAGACAAAGGUUCUGUCAUCUCUUUAGCCUAUUCUGAAGCCACCAGCAGAGCCAGGAAGGGUUUGGAGUCCCGCUGGACUUCACGCAGCAGCCCUGAGUUUGAUAAAGAGUCCAUGGUAUCCUCUGUGGGUCCCAGCAGGAUGUCCACCCGGAGAGCAAUGAUGGACAUGGACGAUGACAAUAAGUCAACUAUCAGCAGUGUGAGCCGAUCCAGCCCUCGAUCGCUCCAUCGCAGCACAUCUUGGAAAGAUGAGAGACGCAGCAGCUCUCGCUUGUCCGUUGCCCGCAGCUGUGGCCUGAGUGAGUUUGGCCUACACGUAGAUGACGAUGAUGACGGCCAGAGUGUUGCUUUUAGCAGAGGGGGAGCCUCGCCUUACAGUCCCCGCUCACGCAGUCGCAGCCUUUCUACAUCAGCUCAAACACGCUCAUCAGACAACAAUCCGCUUGACACGUCAGACAUUAAAUUAGUCACCCAUCGAAACUACUUGGACCCUGACCUAGAGGCUGCAAUUAAUGAGGUGCUGAGCUUCAAACCUAUUAAGUUCAAACGCAGCAAACUUGAUGAGUCUAGUGAUGAGGACAAGGAUGAAAAGAUGAAACAAGUGAGUGAGGACAGUAGGAAGAAGGUUGAAAGUGAAGGGCUGGGCUGCAGCACUUCUAACCCGCUUCGUUCUUCAUUAGGCUCUACUCUGGAGCACAGUAACAGGCCAACAAGCACCAGCAGCUCUCGUAGUUGUCUAGAUAAAAAAGGUAAAGUUUCAUCAUCUGAGAGCUCCUCAUCGUCAGAUGACCAUCACAGCAGAAAGAGCUCAAAGUUGAAAAAGAGCAAGAAGAAGUCCAAGAAGAGCUCUAAGAAAAAAAGUGAAUCAGAAGACUCUUCUUCCUCUUCAGAGUCUUCGUCCUCCAACUCAGCCAUCUCCUACCGCAGCUCCAGUAGUAUUAAAAAGUGCCCUAAACAAGAAUCUGAUGACAACGAGAAGGAACUUCCAGGUCAUGGAAAAUCUAGCAAGAAGGAAACAAAGAAGAAGCAGAAGAAAAUGGACAGCUUGGUGAUGAAGUACCUGUACAGGCAUGACAGUGACUGAUACUGAACGAAGCCCUCCUGUACACCGGAGAGAUGCGAGUCUGCCCAGAUCAGAUGAAGAGGAUGAGGUGGACAGAGAUGGGGGGCAGGCGCCGAGGCAGAUCAACUGCGAGGGCUCGCUGGCAGAGAGCUCGUCAUAAUCCACAGC